GAUAAGCCACGAGUUUUAGUUUUCAACAAUACUCGAUAUUCUUAUUUCUCGUUUUCUCAAUGAAUUGUUCAAAUUCCAAUCUUAAUAUCUAUAAUUUUUAAAUUAACAGUUAAUAAUAAAUCUUUAGAAUAAUCAUCGUUAAACGAUGUCGAGCAGUCGUUUUACACCAAGAGGAUUUCCCAGGGUUCCGCUUCAAAAUGGUAUUGGACGUUACAUAUGUCAAUUGAAAAGAGUCACAUUAAGAUUUUGUAAAAGCAGUGGAUCUAGUCGCGGAAUUCGUGAUUUCAUUGAAACAGAUCUAAUAAGUUUUGCACAAGACCACCCAGGUACAGCAGUGUACUUGAAACCUCGUCGUCACAAGUCCCCUUCAUUUGUCGCCGAAUAUUUGAAUGGUGAACGUGAAGUAAUCAGCUGUCAUAAUUUUACUGCACAAGAAAUGAUCAAAUGGUUAAAUUUAUAUAGCACUCGAUCUGGUAUACCACUUAUGAGGUACGUCAAAAUGUGGCAUACAGAAUGCCCUUCUAUUCAAGGUGUCUGGAGUCCAUUUACAAAUAAGGAUCCAGCAUUAAACACUACACAGUUUCCAUCUGAGAUGUUAUCAAAGCCUGUAUGGGAAGAAAAGUCAGCCACAGAAGAGUUAUUAGAAAUGAUAAAUAAACAAAAAAUCAGUGACGAAAAUAAUGAUGAUACACAGAAGGUUCAAGCAGCUAAUGUGUAAAUUAGAAAUUUUCAAAAAAUUGUUAGUUACACGAUUUAAUAAAAUGUUAUUUUUAAUUUUAUAUAAAUAUAUCGAAUAAGUAUAUUUUUAAUAA